AUGGCGAAUAAUAAGAAACUCGUUUCUUCAUCAUCAGGUCCACUUCUGAUCGUUCCUCUCGAUAAAAUAACUAGUCAGCCUAAUUGCAGACUUGGCUUAUUCAGUCCGAAAGACAAGACAGCCUAUGAUCUCAACCUUGUUUUUGAAGAAUCUGAAGAUGUUAUUGCUUCAGAAUACGAGGAUAAUCGGAUUGUCGGCUGCUCUCAUGGAUGGGUGAUGAUAUUAAGCAAGAAUUCUGAGUUUACUCUGAUGAAUGUACUCUCAAGGAGUAUUAUUCAACUUCCGCAGGCAAAAGUAAAGCCUAGUUCCCAUACAUCUUCAGAGCAGUUACGACGAACCCUGAUUGAUAAAGCAAUUUUAUCUGUUGAUCCAUCUCACAAUGACAACUACAAGGUCAUAAUCAUUUAUGGUUUGAACAAGAAACUUGCUUUUCACUGUUGUGGAGACAAAACAUGGACAACCUUUGGUGACUCUCAAUAUUACCAUGAUCUUGUAUGGUUUAGCAAUAUGCUCUAUACGUUGAGAGGAGGGAUUACAAUCGAGGGAUGGGAUUUUGCUGAUUCUUGUACACCUACGAGAAAGGUAUGUGUACAGUGCAGCUAUACACCAACCUUGUCUUUUCCUUCUGAUCGUUGUACUACUCAAUGGUACUUAGUGCCAUUGUUGGGGGAGAUGCUGUUCAUUGUUAGGUUCGUUGGGGAGUUCGUGAAUCAUGAAGGUGAGCUGCUUUGUGAAGGAGAUCUUCUAGGUGAAGAAGAUAUCCAUCCUUUGACUUGUCCAUAUAGGACGUUUUACUUCCAAGUUUACAAGGUAGAUGUGAUUGAAAAGAAAGUGGAAGAGGUCCGAUCUUUGAAGGAUCAAGUGAUUUUUCUUGGCGGAAAUCAUAGCUUUUCAGUUUCUGCUAGAGAUUACCAAGAGCUCAAGGGAAACUCAAUUUAUUUCACAGAUGAUUAUUGGGACCGGAUGUUUGAAGAUUACUUGUAUGGAGGUCAUGAUAUUGGCGUCUUUAGCUUAGAAGAUAAGAGUAUUAGUCCAAUUUAUGAGUGUGAUUUUGUGCAAAGAUUUUACCCAACACCCUUUUGGAUCAUGCCCAAUAAUUGUAACUGGAGUUAG